AUGGGUAGCUCAAAACAACCACUUCAUAUUGGUAUACUCUCAAGUCCAGGCUUAGGCCACAUCAUCCCUGUAGUAACCCUCGCCAACCGCCUCGCCACCUUCCAUAACGUCUCUGUCACUGUUUUUGUUAUCACCUCCGGCAGCUCUCUGGCUGAAACUGAGAUUCUCAAAUCGGCCAAUAAAUCGAAGAUGAUUGAUGUAGUUGAAAUACCAGGUGUAGAUAUAUCCAACCUUAUUGAUUCCAACACAAAAAUAGUCACUCAACUUUGCAUACUUAUACGUGAAACGUUGCAUGUUGUUAAGUCCGUGAUAUCUGCAAUGAAGCAUCUUCUGGACGCUCUCAUUGUUGAUAUUUUCACUACUGAAGCCUUGCCAAUUGCCAAAGAAUUUGAAUUACCUAAUUAUGUUUAUAUUCCAACGAAUGCAUGGUUUACUGCUAUGACUGUCUACUGUCCGUUCCUUGACAAAGAAAUUGAGGGUCAAUAUGUAGAUCAGAAGGAGCCGUUGAAAAUCCCAGGUUGCAAACCGGUUCGACCGGAAGACGUCAACGAUCCAAUGCUGGACCGCAACGAACAGGAUUAUCGCGAGUACUUGAAAGUACAUGGGAUCGGGUUCUGUUUGUCGGAUGGGAUCUUGAUGAACACUUGGGAAGACGCGGAGACCGGUUCACUCAAAGCGUUAAGAGAAAAUGAUAUAUUAAAAGCUAUCGUGAAGUCACCGGUUUAUCCGGUUGGACCGUUGAUUAGACAUGACCAACAAAUCAUUGAUGGCCGGAGUGGAGAUGAUGAUGGUAACAAUUCUGUCCUAAAUUGGUUGGACAAACAAAUUCCUAAUUCAGUGCUAUACAUAUCUUUCGGGAGUGGUGGGACCCUCUCGUCAAAACAGUUAACUGAGUUAGCUUUUGGACUAGAGUUAAGUCAUCAGAAGUUCAUUUGGGUGGUGAGGCCACCGUCAGAGGUCGGUGCAGACAAGUCAUUUUUCACAACUGGAAAUCGGGGCGACAACACUCCUGAGUACUUGCCUGAAGGUUUUCUAACACGGACCAAAGAUUUUGGAUUGGUGAUUCAGAUGUGGACGGACCAAACAAGAAUUUUGAGCCACCCAUCAGUUGGGGGAUUUUUGACCCACUGUGGAUGGAAUUCUAGCAUUGAGAGUAUAACAAAUGGUUUGCCAAUGAUUGCGUGGCCAUUAUAUGCUGAACAGAGACAAAAUGCCACUAUGCUUACGGAGGAACUUAGAGUGGCUGUUAGGCCAAAGGUAUUGCCAACAAAGAAAGUGGUGGAAAGGGAAGAAAUAGAGCAAUUGGUGAGAAUGGUAAUGCAAUAUAAAGAUGGAAAGGAAUUGAAGGAAAAUGUGAAGAAACUGAAGAUGAGUGCAGAGAAAGCACUAAGUGUAGGAGGCUCCUCUCAUGAUUCAAUGUGUCAAGUCCUCAAAGACAUUGAGAAGAGAUCAAUCCAUGGUUACAAGAACAUUAAUGUGUGA